AUGGCAAGGCCUAAUGACGUUCCACAAGAUAUUUUAGAUCAGAUACUCUCACGCUUGCCUGUCAAGUCUCUGCUAAGAUUCAAGAGCGUCUCCAAGUCAUGGAGGUGUUUCAUCUCUAGCCCUCCAUUCACCAGAAACCAUCUCCGACGAGCAUCAUCUCUGGACCCUGGAAUCACUGCUCUAAAGAUUCUUCUAUCGAAACCUGAUGGAUUCAGGUUCGUAGAUUGUGAACCAUCGCACUCCCCUGCUGCCGUACGCCUUCGUUUUCCACCAAAAGCAACACCUGAUAUCAGUGAUCAUGUCCAGUUGUUCGGUUCGUGUCAUGGCUUGGUAUGUUUAGGUGUUGGCAACCCCAGGCAUCUGGUUUUGUGGAACCCAUCAACCGGAGACUCCAAGACUUUGCCAGAUUAUUAUGAUGUUAUACCAGUUCCAGCUAUGUGGAAUUGUAUUGGGGGUCUUGGUUAUGACCCAUCCUCUGAUGAUUACAAAGUGUUUCUAAGUAAUAAUUCACUGUUUGUGAUCUUUUCACUGAGGAAAAAUUCGUGGAGAAGGAUACAAUUAGACUACGGGCCUUGUGUCUAUACUAAUGGGGUUUAUAGCAAUGGAGCUCUCCAUUGGAAGAAUUACGGCGAUGGUAGGAUCUUUGGUUUUGAUUUAGAGACAGAGAGAUUCUAUCUAGUGCCAGGACCUGACCUUGUCAAUAACGAUGCGCUCUACUUCCAAAGAGGCACUUUAUUUGAAGUCGGUGGAGAAAGACUUGGCGUUGGUGGUUUUGAGUUCUGGUUGAUGAAGAAACAUGGCGUCAAGGAAUCUUGGACAAGGAUACGUAAUACACCCGAGUUUGAUGAAUGGCCUCGUAUCUGGAACUCCUUCAAAUGCCUUUUAGAAAACAAUGAUUUUAUAGUACUAGGUGGUCUACAGCAAGAAAUUAUAACGCAUAAUGCUAACGGUAUCGGAAGACAAAUUAAAACAUAUAUGGAGAGUCUGAUUUCACCUCAUCUCAGUCAUUAG